AUGUUGCGUGACCUCCCGCCUGACCUGUGGUCAGCUGACUCUCAUGACGUAGGUUUCUGCUCAAAGGCUGCAUCAAUAACAUUUGAGGUGAGCAGCUCUAUACCUAUAAAACUAUCACAGUACCCUGUUAAACCACAGGCCAAAGGGGGUAUCAGCAAGACAAUUGAGGGACUAAAGAGAGCGGGAGUAUUGGAACCCUCACAAAGCGAGUGGAAUACUCCAAUACUCCCGGUACCAAAACCUAGCGGGGAGUACAGAAUGGCUCAUGAUUUGAGGACCAUUAAUGCUAUCACGACUACAGCUCUGAUACCAGUUCCUAACCCAUACACAGCUAUCUGUAACAUCUCACCUGAACAUACAUGGUUCACCUGUAUUGACCUGGCCAACGCUUUCUUCUGCAUACCUCUAGCAGAGGAUAUGAGACCUAUUUUUUCAUUUACAAUGGGCGGGGAAAAACUGCAGUACACAAGACUACCACAAGGUUUCAGUCUGUCUCCAGGAAUAUUUAACAAAAUACUCAGGGAACAGCUAGACGGCGUUUCAUUGCCAGAGGGGGUGGUAGUGAUACAGUAUGUAGAUGAUCUUCUCAUUGCAGCACCCUCCGCAGCCUCUUGUUUAGAGGCCACCAGGAACCUACUGGUUCGCCUCCACGCAACAGGGUUCAAAGUCUCUAAGAAAAAGCUACAAUGCACCCGUAAAGAGGUGACAUUUUUGGGCAGAGUAAUCUCUCCAGCAGGUACGGGCAUGUCAGCAGCUCAUCAGGAGCACAUUUUAUAUCACCCCAAACCCAAGACAGUCAAAGACAUGCUAUCUUUUCUGGGUCUCACAGGCUACAGAAGACACUACAUCCCAGAGUAUAACCCAAGAACAGUUGAACUCAGAACACUGAUCAAUGAGAAAGUCAUGCGCAAUCUCACUGCCACAGUGAACUGGACACAAGCUGCAGAAGCUGCGUUCAUUUCUCUCAAACAAUCCAUGUCUCAGGUCACCUCUCUCGCCGCUGCAUCCUAUGCAUUGCCAUUUUUUCUUGACAUUUCUGAAAGUGGAAACACAGUAAAUGGUAUUCUAUUUCAGAAAAAGGGGGAAUGUAGAACAAUACUGAUGUACAUUAGUAUCACACUGGACAGAGUGGAAAACAGAGAACCUCCAUGCACGAGACAUGCAGCAGGUACAGCACGUAUCUUAAACAAGAUUUCACACAUUGUGAUGAGCCACCCUUUGACAGUACUGACAACACAUAGCAUUGUUUCUUUUGUGAACUCAAGUGCAUUCACAAUGACUUCCACAAGACAGACCAGGUUAGAGAAAACUCUGACACGAGCACACAUCACCUACACACAUGUGGGAGUUAACAGCGCAGACACCAUUGUUAACGGAGAACCCCAUAGGUGUGAGGAAAGAGUCAUCCAGGAUGUGAAGCUAAGAAUAGAUCUCAGAGACGAGCCUAUGACACAUGCAGAGAACCUGUUCACAGACGGCUGUUGUUUCAGACACCCCACCAACGGGCUCCAAGCGGCCUACGCAGUGGUGGGUCAAACAGCUGAGGGAGGUUUUGAGGAAAGAGCAGCAUAAAAAGUAACAGGGAAAGUCUCAGCACAGUUGGCAGAAGUAAUGGGAGUCAUUGCAGCAUUGGAACUAUCAAAAGAAAAAGAUGUAAACAUCUAUACUGACUCAGCAUAUGUCCAUGGUGUCCGACAUGUGGAAAUGCGCCAGUGGAUGAGAGCAGGAUUUGUAACAUCCACCAAUACCCCCAUCAAACACGAGAAAGAGAUCAAAAGGCUUGCAGAAGCAGUAAUGUUACCCAACAAGCUAGCUUUACUCAAGUGCAAAGGUCACAGCACGGCAGAUAACUACUUGACUUGGGGUAACAAUGCAGCAGACAAAGCAGCUAAAGCCAAAGCAGGGUAUACACCCCGGUUUCAAAUGCUUGUUAAAAAAUCUGCUGACUUACUGCCCGCAGUAACAGAUGAUACUCUUAAAGAAGCUCAAGCAUCAGGGUCGCCUCAAGAUAAAACAGUAUGGUUAAACAGAGGAGCUACCAACAAAGAUGGGAUAUGGUACUCCCCAGAUGGGAGACCAGUGAUACCCCCAGGAUGGGUAAGAUCAAUGCUUAAAAAAGCACACGGCCCAACACAUUGCGGUAAAACUCAGAUGAGCAGACACCUGACUCACUGGUGGCACCCUUACCUACCUGACAUUAUAGCUAAUCACCUGGAAGAAUGUGUAAUUUGCUUAACCCACAACAUCAGAGCUACUGUAAAACCACACCAGGGAAAGUUCCCUUUACCUAAGAUGGCAGGAGAAGAAAUCAUCAUUGACUACACUGACAUGAUUGAUAAAGUAAGAGGGUUCAGGUAUUUACUAGUUGUGGUAGAUGCAUACACAGGUUGGCCAGAAGCUAUGCCAUGCAAGAGAGAGGAUGCAGACUCAGUGAUCAAAUUCCUAGUCACGCAUUAUAUUCCACUACAUGGGUUUCCUAGGAAAGUGAGGUCAGACAAUGGCAGCCAUUUCAAGAACCAUGACCUAAGCACAGUAGAACAGUCCUUAGGACUAAGACACAGUUUUGGAGCAGUCUACCAUCCACAAUCACAGGGAAAGGUAGAAAGAAUGAACCAGAACAUCAAACAGAAACUCAGCAAAGCAUGUGAGGAGACAGACAUGAACUGGCUAGAUGCCUUGCCUCUGGCCCUCAUGUCAAUCAGAAGCUCCAUUAACACAGGGACAGGUUUCACCCCAUUUGAGCUGACACAUGGCCACCAAUUCCCGGGCCCAGGAGCCUUGAGCGUAGGAAAGGAAGUAGAAGAGAUGAGCUCAAAACCAUAUUACCGGCAACUUAAGGGCCUGGUAUCAGACUUCUCCACACAGGUUGCUGACGCCAAAGGGGGACCCGAGAAACACGAGGCCAACACAGCAGAGUUCGUCUGGCUGAAAGCCAUCAGGCCUAAGUGGCUCAACCCCAGGUUUUCCGGCCCCUACCGAGUGACCCAAAGGACCUCCCAUGCCGUCCGCCUAGAUGGAAAGGGAGACAACUGG